AUGCGGAACCAAGGCGAAACAAAUACCUUGGCUUCAAACAAGCAGCUCUGCGAUUUAGAUGAAUACUCUUUGGCGCAUGUGUUUCUGUUUCUGAAUGUGGGAGACUUGGAUCGUUGCGUUUUGGUUUGCAAAAAAUUCCAGCACAUAAUUCAGAGAGUGGUCUUUCCCAAAAAAUGCAAGCACGCCUUGGUGACCGGUUCGGAUCAUGGAGCAGCCUUAAGUCCCUACCACUAUACCCGACGAAAACGAGUCAAGUUGGACGAAAAUUGGCGCUAUGGAAGGUACGAGGAGCGGUCUUACUUUCAUCAUAACGUGAUGUACAUAUCGCAACUAGCAAUCGAUAAGGACUGUCUUUACAUGACACACGGCGGUCGUCUGCAAGCCCACCGAAGGACGAAAAGCGUACACAUGAUCGAUACCAGAAUCGCUUGGAUGGUUGGCUCGGUAGGAGAUUCAGAUAUCACGAGUCUGGCCAAAAAGAACAAUCGAUUCUUCGCCGGUCGUAUGGAUGGGAAAAUUUUACUCUACGAACAUGGCUCAGGCCAACAGCAUUUGCAAACGAUAACAAACGAUAUUAUCAAGGCGGUCGAUUUUAACAAAGAUGUCUAUGCAGUGACAACGAAAAACGAAUCAACGUACGUGUUCAACUAUUCUCCGCCGGAUCGCGAACUGCUGUAUGAUGGUGAUGUGUUUGAACAUUCCCACGUUUACCCUAACGCAUAUGAAACAAUAAAGUUGAACAACAAUCUACUGGCGGUAGGCAAAUUUCAUUGCAGCAAGAAGCGCGCACUUCAAUUGAUAGAUUUGUACAGCUGCACCAUUCAGCAGUUGAAUUCACCUUCCACGGCUGUGUACGAUGUGCUCUGGAAGGACGAGCACUGUAUUCUUUGCGGCAAUUUUGAUACCACCAUGCGCCUAGUCGAUGUGCGCACUGGGAACGAUGAGGCAUGUUGGACAGAUCCUUACAAUGCAUCAGUAUACUGUCUCUCCUACAAUGGGACGUAUGCCGUACACUGUGGAAUGAAGUACCACUACCGGACCAACCUGUACGAUUUGCGAGCGCCAAACCGCUGUGUUCAGAUGUACUUCCCUUUGAAGAAGAAUAGCAACUUUUCUCCCGUCUAUCGGAUUGCCGCUGACUGCAGCCAAAUGUUUGUUGUAACCGACCAUAACUUGCGGAUACUUAAUUUCGACGCCGAUUGGGCUGCCACAAAGGACUAUGCUUCGAUAUAGCUGCAACAGUUGCUUGCGUUGGUCAAUGAAUAAAUUUAUUUGUAUAGAACCGCAA